GAGGAAGAACUGGCAACGCGGGGGCGGCAGUGAUGUAUGCACCGGCAUUGAUCGACGCUGCGCCAAGCCUUGGCGGGAGCUGUUAGUGACGGCAUCGGGAGCUGGGGGCGCUGCUAACAGCAACUGCCCCUGGUGAAUCGUCCACUCUCGUCUCCAGCUUACCCUGUGGACUAGCCCGGUCGAGAGACUCGUCUCACUCUCUGCUGCGCCAAAGGGCCCCAAGAGAAACAGCAAUCAGGAUGCGUGUCAGCUUCUUUCGCUCAUAGCAAUUAUUCUCAAGACUUCUUGGUUAUUUGAAGCACCCGGACCAAGUUUUACAGUAAAUCCUCUCCAGAAGACAUGAAGAGCACCUCUACCUACUGGACACCGACUCACGUGGCCAUGGGCAACGCGGCCACGUGAAUGGCGCGUCGCACUCGCAACCACGCGUCUGAUUUCUUCCUCCUCCUCAACACCGCCACCACCAGACGAAUGCAUCGCUUGCCCACCACCCAAUAUGGAAGCGCUCUUCACCCAGUCUUUUGACUCCUUCGAGGCUGCCUACGCCGCCGCCGGCGAGGUCUUUGAAUGCCGCCAGGGCGCAAAGAGGCCCGCCGGCCCCAACUUCAACAACGCCAAGGUCCUCUGCGCCAAGGGUCGUCUCUACCGCAGCCAGUCCAAGGACGACGCCCAGCCCAGGAAGCAGCGCAAGCAGGAGUCCCAGCGGAUCGGCUGCCGCUUCGCCGUCUCCAUCAAGCGCUGCGCACCCCUCUGGCCAAAGGACCCCCUGCCCAAGGGCAUCGGGCCUGGUCGGUGGUUUAUCACACCCUACGGCGGUCGGGACUCGCACCUGCACAAUCACGAGGAACUGCCCCGAACGGCAUUCACCCGGAAUCGCUAUGCCUGGGUCAAGGCGCGCAAGGACCAGAUCAUCACCAUGUGCGACAGGGGCAUGCGAACGCGCGACAUUAUUGGCAUGCUGCGGAUCGAGGCAGCGGAGCAGCCCGAUGCCGUCGUCGACCCGGAUACGAUCUACAACAUUGUCAAAACGCAUAAGCAUGCACGCCGAGCCGAGGAACAAGCGAAGAGGUCUUGGGACAAGGGCCCGCUCGAGGAACUGGGUGAGGGGUGGAUGGACGAGGCAGACAGGUUAAUGAGCGAGAACGACAGAUCCGAGGCGGCCACGGAAAGCAAUGUCUUCAAUCAGCAGGACUCCAACAAUCAAUAACUACAUGCGGCCAUGCACGCAAAAAGACAACGCCAAAAACACCCAUCAACUGCUCUUGGUGUACCUGGACAGCUGCCUCCACCGCUCGCCGUACCGAAACACCAACACGGGAAUCGGCGCCAGCCCCAGACUGACGGCCCCCAGGAUCGUGAACCCCCAGCCGAACCCAUAGUUCCGGACCAGCGGCGUCGUCGCCAGCGGGAGAAACGUCCCCAUCAGGCACCGCGCCACGAUGAGCCCCGUCAUCGCGCUCGCCGCGUACAGACCGAACGCGUCCACCACGUACGCCGACACGGGCACAAACGCCAGCAUGAGCGCGAACCCGACCAGCCCCAUGAGCACGAGCAGAACCCACAGCGGCACCAGCAACUCCGCGGCCCACCCGUAGGCGGCCACCAUGACGGGCAGCGCAAACCCGCCCACAAUCACCAUCGGCAAACGGAACUCGGGCUGGCCCACG